UAUUGUGACCAGCCCUAGAGAUGGCUUUCUAAGCUGAGUGAAGGAGGUGGUCACAAAUCAACAGGCUCAGUCUGCCACUCUUCUUUUCACUUUCAUUUAUCUCAGAAAUUUAAUGUAACAUAUUAUGACACAUUACACACACACAUAUAUAUAUAUAUACGUACUAUAUAAAAGAUUCCGGCACUUCCAGAUAAAUAUGUCCUUUCCAUUCUUGCCCUAAUUUAUCACCUAGCCUGCUGGGCUGAGAUUUUCUUGUCAUAAUGAGACCAUUGUGUAAACUCCUCUGCCACCGUAUCUCUUUUCCACCCCGGAGGAAUCCAAGCAAUUAAGUGCUUAUCAUGGUCUCUGAGACCAAGAGGAUGUGGAUUGCCAUGUAAGGGACUGCAAUCCCCACCACAUUCUUAUUAUAGGAGAGGAGCAGAUAAGGCAUGUCGUACAUAUACGGCCCACGAGUUCUCUUCUGGCCCGGGGCACGAGGGCAUCUCCACCGCACCAGACAUGGCUAGCAAGAAGGCCAAAAGCAAGGCUGCUGCCAAACGUGCGCAGAGAGGCUCAUCCAAUGUCUUCUCGAUGUUCGAGCAGUCGCAGAUUCAGGAGUUUAAAGAGGCUUUCAGCUGUAUCGACCAGGACCGGGAUGGCAUCAUUAAAAAGCAGGAUCUCAAGGAAACCUAUGCACAGCUAGGAAAGCUGAAUGUGAAGGAUGAGGAGCUGGAGGAGAUGCUGGCUGAGGGGAAAGGACCCAUCAACUUCACAGUUUUCCUCACUCUCUUUGGAGAGAAGCUCAAUGGCACUGAUCCAGAAGACACCAUCCUCGCUGCAUUCAAGCUCUUCGACCCAAAUGGAACGGGCUUUGUCAACAAGGACGAAUUUCGGCGGCUGCUCAUGAACCAAGCUGACAAAUUUACAGCUGAAGAGGUGGACCAGGCCUUCUCUGUUGCACCGAUUGACACAAAUGGAAAUAUCGACUACAAAUCCUUGUGUUACAUCAUCACACAUGGAGACGAGAAAGAGGAAUCAUGAAGAGAGACUUCACCCCAACCGUUCAUUCUGUACUUCUCCAGAAUAAUGCAGGCUUACUUUACAUUUUUGUAUCAUUAAUCAUAUGCAUAAAUCAGAAUAAAAUAAGAAGGCUAUAUAAGGAAUACAUCUUGCAAUGUGUAGACUACU